UGGCUGUCAGACUGAAUAUUCAGAAACAUUAGUAUAUUACCAAAAAUUUUAAAUUUCUGCUGUUUUCUUAAUUAAUGUAUUCCAUUCUGUGCAACCAACUUAUCUAUGUGCAUAACAUUAUAAUUCUUUCAAAUAUAUAUUAGCAGAAAUUACAGCGAUGUCAACCAGGUCUCAAUUAACAAAAGAUUUGAACGAUAGUGUAAAAAUUCUGCUAGGACGACACACCAAAAUUUUGGUGAAGUACAUGGUAAAAUUGGAAACGAAAAGUGAUAAAACUGAAAAUAGAGUAUUGGUGUUUACUCCAGUUCGUGUCUACCUGUUGACAGCAAAAGUACCUACUAGAAUUGAUUGUCAUUUUCAUUAUCUUGAUAUACAGUCGAUUGAGAGUAAAAAACCUACCCAUUUUUCAAUUACGACCAAUGACAAAACCUAUACAUUUUCAACUAUUGGAGAUGCUGGAAAUUUUAGCUCUAAUGCAGAUGUAAUAUUGACUGAUUUGUCCUCUGCUGUAAAACAAAUAUUUCCCACAGUACCACUGAAAUAUAUUAUACGAAAAAUUGAUGUGAACCCAACUGAACGAGCAACAAUAUUUUCUGAUGAACUACGUCCAUCCGAUCCGCGCAAUGUGGGCCCAUGCGGCGGAUUCAGCAUGCAGUAUGCAUGCAUGUGUGACUUUCAUGCAGUACAAUAUAGAGAAGAGGUCGCUUGGGAUAUUGAUACUAUUUAUUUAUCGCAUGAUAACCGUGUACUUAAUUUACGAGAUUUUGAUCAUCUUGAGCAAAAGGAUCUAAUGGCAAUCAUUUCGGCUUUGGAAUAUAACACUUUCUUCCGUGGACUGAAAAUUACCAAUACGCGUCUUUCUACAGAGACAUUUGAAAGAAUUUUGCAUGUUUUAAAGCGCUCAAUGUGGCUGGAAGAAUUGCAUCUCGAAGCCCUUGGUUUGAGAUACGAUUUUAUUCAUAAACUUGCUGUUGCUGUGAUAUCAAAUUCAAAUCCGGCUCUACGUUCAAUUGAUCUGAGUCAUAAUGUUAUAGAGGACAAAGGCGCAACUUAUUUUUCUGCCCUCGUGAGGCAUUUACAAAGAGGUGCUGGCCACCUAGCAGGUCCAAUUGCUAAAAUAUCCAAAGGCGUGUCCAGGUUAGCUCUCUCCCACUGUGGGUUGACAUCGAAGGGAGUAAAUCAAAUAACUCACUCUAUGUCGUUGAAUCAAAACAUUUCUAAUUCAUUGACGUAUCUCGACUUGAGUGGAAAUAAUUUAAAAGACGAUGUUAAUAAUUUAUAUAACUUUUUAGCCCAACCGAAUGUUAUAGAAUAUUUGGAUAUUUCCAGAACGGACACGACCCUGGAAAGUCUUUUUGGUGCUUUACUUCGCGGUUGUUCAACGCAUCUUCUUCAUUUGAACGUGUCGCACAAUCUUUUUGGAACGAAGAAGGGUAAAGAAAUCCCACCCUCUUUCAAACAGUUUUUCACAAGUAGUCUAUGUUUGAAACAUUUAAAUAUUGCUAAUUGCAAAUUGCCGCUGGAGGCACUUAAGCAUCUAUUAUUGGGACUCGCGUGCAACGAAUCUACAGCUGGUCUGUAUUUGGAUCUUAGCGGUAACUCACUUGGAUCGCAAGGCGCUCAUGUACUCGAGUCAUGUAUUCACGGUGUUCGUGUAUUAUCAAGUUUAGAUAUAAGUGACAACAAUCUCGACUCUGAGAUGGCUUCAGUGCUUAAUGCUAUAGGGAAGAACCCUUCGAUCAGAAUGCUACACAUGAACAAGUGUUUUACAGGAAUGAAAUUGAAACACAUUGCAACAGUUAUGGAUGCAUUAGUCAACUUAAUUCAAAAAGAUGAUUUUCAAUUGCAAGAAUUGGUUCUUUCGGAAAAUAAACUGAAGAAUGAUCUACACAAUUUCAUAAAUGCCCUAGGCAGCAAUCAAACAUUACAGGUGUUAGAUAUUACAGGAAAUUUAAUGGGCGAUAUAGGCGCAAGAUUACUAGCAAAAGCGUUGCAAAUUAACAAUCGUUUGAAAACUAUCUCGAUGGAUCGUAAUAAUAUAACAUUACAAGGAUACGCUGAUAUUGUUUAUGCCUUAGAAAACAAUUUCUCUAUGAGAAAUAUUCCUUUUCCUGUAUUUGAUGUAGCCCCUUGCUUAAAACAACAUCCUGAGCGCGCGGAUGCUCUUAUGCGAAGAAUGCAGGAGCUUCUUUUUCGCAAUGGUAAUGGUUUACGCAGUAGUAAUGGGCAGGGAUUCAGAUUGCAACAUGGAUUUCUAUUGUCAUCAACGCAUCAAAUUCUGGACAAACUUGUAGCAGAAACACAAGAAACUAUGUCCAUGCGACAAGGUUCUCUGGAAGGAAAUUUAAUAAGGUUGCUUGAAGACGCCGAAAACUGCAAACAGCUUCUUCCAAGAUUGCAAGAAUCCGUAAGGCGUGAUCCUCAUCCAGUAGAGGUACGAUUAGGCAAAAUGAAAACAGAACUAACUACUGCAGUCAAAGUAUAUCUUGAGGAAACAAUGGAAGCCAUGCUUCGAACAGGUAUCGAGCAAUGUCCCAAAACCCUAGGUAACCAAUCUAUAAUAGCGGAGCUUCGGAAAGGCUGUGAAGAAAGAUUAGUAAUAUCUGAAGAAUUCUUACAAAACAGCUUGGUGAAUAGUGCUGGCAGCGAAAUAAUUAAUCGAAUAAGUGAAGUGGAACAGUCACUGGCUAGUCUAAUUUCCGAUCGCGCCACCGAUGAGGUUUUGGAUGCUUUAAGUCGUUACAAACGAGGAUUGGAAAUCACUGAUUCUCCGCAUAGUUUCAUAGAAGACGCUCAAACACCAGAUAUAGCGAGAAGUCGGUCCAGUCAGGGUUCUGGGGAGGUCGUUCAUUUUGAAUCCCGUGGACUAGAUCUUCCGAAGUUGGGCUUGGAUUCACCCACAAAACUGGAAUAUUUGAAUCUUGCAACUCCACAAUUACAAACGAAACGUCGUUCAGUUACAAGAAAAGUUCGACCACAGUCUGUAGUUGGACUUGGCAUAGAAAACCUAAGCCUUAGUCACAUUCCAGAUCUACUGGAGAUUCCAUCUCCCGUAAGACAUUUAUCCAACAGCAGACAGAAACUAUUGCCUGAACAACGUGAGGAUGAAUGCUGUGAUUCAAUUACUGAGCUUCCUAGUCAAUCAUUAACGCUACAACAUUUAGUAAAAAGUAGACCCAAACGCGCAAAAACUCGGGCGCCUAAAAAACCCGUUAUUUCAACUGAUACUACUGCACCAACGGUCAGUGAUGGCAUUGAAGCAUUCUUCAGACCAGGUUCUGCAACACCCUCAACACUUACUCCGUUAGUUUCUCCAACGUCAGAAGAGUGCAGUUCGUUAUCAUUUGUCGAUAGUCCCACCCUCAGUCGCGACGAUGGUGGUAGAUUCAGUAAUGUGACUUCAGGUGAAACUACUCCAAUAUUGGAAGAAAGAAGGCCAAUCAAGCUAGAUCAUGCAUCACCUCUGAUGAAGAGUGCUAAUUGGACAUUACGAUCUCGAUCAAUAGACAAUUUAGAAAAAGUUUCACCUUCAGUUAAUAGAAAAUCACCGCUGAUAAAAGAUACUAACGAAACUGAAAAGAUUCGAACAAGCUCAUGUAAAACAUCUGAAAGUAACACAACUAAAGAAAAAUCUCCCAGCAAUGAGUCGAUGAAAAGUCAACAUUCCGAACAACAUCGACCUGGUAAUGGUAUUAUGAAAACACCCAUAAUUGCCCCAAAGCCUCGCCCAUGGUCAGUUCUUGGGCAUGAAUCGAAAAAUGAAUUUAAUUCAAACGAAUCAACCAAGACAACACCCGAUGCAAUAGAUGAUGACAUGGAUUUAGUGUUAAUAUCUGGUCAAACUCCAGGUGGUUCGAUAGUCGGUAUUACACCUGGUGCUAUCAGUGGUGGGAGUAUUGUGGGUAUCACUCCAGGGGCAGCUAUGGAAAAGAAGUCGGUUAGAGAUAUGGCAGCCAGUCUGAACAAAAUAGGUGACACGGAUAGGAGUUCACUUGAUAAACAGCCCAUACCAACGCCACGAGUGAUUCGCAAAGGUAGUAGCGCUUGCAGUAAAACUAAUGAUGUUUCCAGUUUUUGCGAAGACAUUGCGGUUGUACCCAAUACUGUUUUUGAUUGUAAAAUAACCAGCAUGACCAAGCAAUCAGAGUCAAGUGAACCACACCUUCAAGUCGACGAAACCAAAGAAAUCAUUAGUCCUGUAAGACGCAUCGUGGCUGGUAAAAAAAUUACUGCCUUGUUUGAGGAGACGUUAGUUGAAGGCCUCCAGAAAUCUUCAAGGAAAACCAGCAUUCAUCGCGAGUCAAAUUACUUCAAAGACGAUUCUGUAGAUGUGUAAUAUAGCGAACUGUAUCUUCACAUACAAAAUUAGGUACUGAUAGCAAUUCUCCACAUUAAUCGUAUUCAUAGACUUUUUAAUAGCCAUGAUAAGAUUUAUAUAUAUA